UUCAACAUAUUUCGUAAGAGUCGUGUUGAAUAGUCAGUUGGCAGAGGGUCAAUAUCGAAACUCACCCAUAAUCCAUUCAAAGAUAAUGGCCACUUCUGCAAAAGAAGAUGGGAAGCCAGUGCAAAUAGUUGAGGUGAAAAAAGGCAAGCUCGAACUCCAUAAAACAGCACUUGAUGCCCUCUUGUUGCAACCUGUGUGCAAGAAAAUGCCAGUGAUGGUUUUGUCGAUAGCUGGUGUAUUUCGCUCUGGGAAAUCUUACCUACUCAAUUUAUUAGUCAACCACCUCUCUCAGAAUGUCGAUAAAACAGGCGGAUUUCCUUGGAGGUCUGGUAUUGACAGGGUGACAACUGGUAUUUGGAUGUGGAGUAAAAUUUUUACCAUUAUAUUACCUAACGGUAAAGAAGUUGGAGUAAUAUUGGUGGAUACGCAAGGAACGCAGGAUCCAAAGACCAGCCAAAAGCAGAAUGCUGCAAUAUUUGCACUUAGUACACUAUUGAGCUCAAUACAGAUUUAUAAUGUGAAAGAUUAUAUUAAGGAGGGAGAUCUGCAGUUUCUUGAACUAUUUGUUAGAUAUGGAAUUGCAAUUAAAGACGAUAAGAAGCCUUUCCAGGUUAGAAAAAUAUCCAAUAAAUUUUGA